CGUACGUCAAAAAGCCCAAAAAUGGCGCGUAAUCUGGAACGAGCUCGUAUCGAUAUCCAGAGAUUGGUCGAUGCAGUCCAAAGCAGGGACGCUAUUCGCCAAUUCUGCGACUUGGUCAAUACAAGAAGGGAGCCGAGUCUAGAAGAUUCAAUUCGAAGCAGCCAUUCGCAUUUCCAACGCCCGCCUGGCGUAGACCUCCCUACCCUCAGCGCAGCUAGAUAUCUCAUACUUCUCAAUCGGGGGCAGCAAACCUCAAAGAUCAUGACGCGGAUUCAUCAGUAUCUCUUGGCCAAAAUUUGCGCUGAUCAUAAGCAAGGUUCUCUUCGACUGGAAAGCGAUAUGAAGAAAAAUAUCUUGCGGAUAUCCGGGCUCUCGAGUCACCAGUACGACUGGCAGGUCAGUCGAGGCAAGAAGUGGAUAAGACUCUGCGGUGAAGAUUUCGAUGGUGUGCUAUGCUUUAUCCUUGCAGGUCGAUUCAAUUCUUUCGAUAUAGCACCGAACCGGUAUCUCGACCUGGACGACGGUCAGCUUCAGACCUUCCAUCAGCUCUUGAAAAAGAAGAGUAAUUAUACAACCUCGAUCUGCUCGACCGGUAAGGCUUUCCAAGAAAGUCUGCGAGCUGAAGAUAUUCAUUUCAGAUGGGAAACUCCAAAACUACUUCCUAUUAGCGAUUUGGAGGAGAGCACGAUGUUAUCUUACUUAAAGCCUUUCAAGCCUUUACGAGAAAACAGAUUUGACGCAAACAAUUUCCCAGAACCGGCACGAAAUCCUACUAUCUUAUCAGAUACUGAAAAGCAAUGCGACUUUUGCAACGAUACAACAUGCUAUUGCCUUCUUCAAAGAUUGCCAAAAUACAAUAUCCGAAUCAAGAGAUAUCACGGAAAGGGUCUCGGUCUCCAAGCGGUAUCAAACCAGUUCGGUGCUAUUGUAUUCGAGGCGGGCACCCUUCUAGGCUUCCUUACCGGGAGGCUUGUGCCCCCCAAAACGUGCAACCAUGAUAUGGCUGCCGCUAUGGACGACUGCCAGCUCGACUGCUCGGAAAUGGGCAACUGCUUCCGACUUCUGAAUCACGCAUGUCCCGAUCAUGCGGUCGCCGGCCUGAAAAAACGGAGGGUGUCCGGUCAAAAGAUGCUGGCUGUCGAGGCACUUCAGGAUAUUCGAAGUGGCACAGAGAUCACAAUUGAUUAUGGAUUGAAAUCCUGUCAUUUGGACUGCCAUUCCUGCUGUGGAUGAAUAAAAAUUGGCAGGUGAUGUUUUCAUGUAUUUAAGAUAUAUGACGGCACCGCACAAACAAAUGGACAUGUACCGACUUGGUCUG